AUGUCAAUCUCUGUUUUUUUUUAAUUCUUUUUUUGGUGAUUUUUUGAUGGUUAAUGGUUGGUAAUCUCUUGUAUUUUUUGUUUGUGGAUAUGGGUUUGGACUGAAGGUAGUUUUUUUUUGUGUGUGUGAGGAAGGAAUAAAAGUUGCAUCUUGGAAUUGGGAUAUUUCUGAUUUUUUGUGAUGGUUAACGGUUGGUGGUUGUAAUUUUUUUGAGUUCUCUGAUUUUGGGUUUCUGGGGUUUAUUGAAUAGACUACCUGCGUGGAGGGAGCUGAGUUUUUCUGCCUCUCUAUACGUGCAAGGUAGCGGUAAGGUCUGCGUACCCUCUAAGCUAUCCAUACUCCACUUGUAGGAUUCAUUGGGUAUGUUGUUGUUGUAGACUCCAUGUAGGGAAGGAACAAAAGCUAAUUUUUGAAUUGGGAUCUUUUGAACCUCAUGGCAAGCCGGUUUGAGUCCCACGUCGGUUUUAAUGGGGUGCUGAUGUGGGGCUUGUAAGCUUUGGGUUCACCCACCUCAAUAACUAGCUUUUGAACGUCAUAGCAAGGUAUGAGACUUGAGUCCCACGUCGGUUUUAAUGGGGUGCUGAUGUGGGGCUUAUAAGCCUUGGGCUCUCACACCUUAAUAACUAGCUUUUGAACCUCAUAGCAAGAUAUGAGACUUGAGUACCACGUCGGUUAAUGGGGUGUUGAUGUGGGGUUAAUAUAGCCUUGGGAUCUCCCACCUUAAUAGCUAGCUUUUGGGGGAGUGGUUCUCGCCCUUCAUGCUCAGCGUGCCUUGGACAGUGAUGCUGAUAUUGUGUUGCUGACUCGGGGCUAGAAAAGAUCGACGGCUGCAUAGCAUGGUGGAUCCCCAGAUCGAGAAUCCGUGGAAUCUGGGACAAAAAAAUCUAGUAUUUCUUCAGGUGGGAGAGUCCAAGAUCGCAAAGAAUUUCUCCGUAGGUUUGUAGAUAGCAAAAGCCUGAUUGAAAACCUUAAGACAUGGUAUGAAGAGUUACAAGAGGAACCUCCCUUUGAUGUUCCUUUUGAAUUGAUAGAUCUUCAAAAGUUUGAUUAUGCUUUGGAAGGAGUUCCAUUUCAGCAGCUGAUUCGAAUGCCUAGAGCGAUCUAUGACUCGGCUUCUGGUGCUGUGGAAGCAACUGCUUAUCUUGCCCUUGAAGAUUUCCUACAUGCAAGUGUGAAGAGUUUAUGGGAGUCAUUUUGGGGUCAGGAUGAACCUCUACCUUUCUGUGUUUCUAGUAUCUACAAUUCAAACUUGAGAUUCUACCAGGCUGAGAAAGCCAUCGCUAAAGGGAGAGUUGGAGGUCUUUGUGCUACAGCUAUAAUGCUAAAGAACCCAAAGCAUCCACAAGGGAAGUGGGAUGAUGUUUUGCAACUUGCUAUUCUAAGGCCUGAUAUAGGAAACCGUGCUACAGUAGAGAAUGACUGUAAGCCUUCUCUCUCAGUUUUAGGUGAAGCUUUAUUCUUUACAGUACGUGUAUUGCUUGCAAGAAGCUUCAGCAGAUACAAUAUUCCUCUCAGUUUGAAUUCUGUUUUUGUUCUUUUAGUUGACUCUCAAUAUGGUGGAGUCAUGAAAGUUGAAGGAGAUAUAACCAAGUUGGAAAUGGAUGUGAAUGAUGUUUAUGGUUGUGCUGCUGAAUGGAUAAAAAAUAAUGCUUUAAUUACAAUCUCCCCCGUUGAUAGAAUCUGGACCAAAUUUGGGAAUGCUAAUUGGGGAGAUAUUGGUGCUUUACAGGUACUUUUUGCUACUUUCCACUCGAUCACUCAGUAUGCUGGAAUGUCAACGAACUCGGUUGAAGAUUUGGCUGCUGACCACAGUUCUCGUCUUCAAGCUAGAAGAAUUGAAAGGCAAUUGUGGGAUAGCAGGUCGAAUGGAAAUGGUUCAUUUCGCCUCGAGCAGCAUAGUGCUUCACAUGAAAUUGUAGAAGUGCAUGAAGAAUCCGUUGGGUUGGUAUCUGAAAAGUCUAUAAAUCUUGAAGUUGGUUCUGUCUUGCUGAUAGAAGACUCAAACUGGCAGAAGGGUUAUCAGAUCAACGAAGUCCUGACUGACGGAGAGAUUACAUAUUAUAUUGCAUCUCCUGUUGAAGAUCCAGGUAAGGCUUUAUUUCUGUAUGUAGGUUCGCAUUCUUCUCAGUUGGAACCAGCAUGGGAAGAUAUGAAGCUAUGGUAUCAAGUUCAGAGGCAAACUAAGAUAUUAAAAAUUAUGAAGCAAAAUGGAUUAUCUAGCAAGUAUCUGCCUCAAUUGAGUGCUUCUGGCCGGAUAGUUCACCCUGGCCAGUGUAGAAGACAAAAUGGUGGUAAUUGUGAUUACUCAUGGUGUGGAACCCCCAUUCUAGUGACUACCUCGGUGGGCAUAACAGUUGCUGAUAUGGUGAGAGUUGGCCAAUUUGGUAAAGAUGAGGCUAUCAGGUGUUGCCAUGACUGCCUGUCUGCCCUUUCAGCAGCUGCCUCAGCUGGCAUUCGGCAUGGUGACCUCAGGCCUGAGAAUGUUAUUUUUGUUACACCUGGUGUCGGGCAACCUUAUUUUGUUCUUGUUGGUUGGGGACAUGCUCUUUUAGAAGAGAGGGAUCGUCCUGCAAUAAAUCUCCAUUUCUCCUCUACGUAUGCCCUUCAAGAAGGGAAACUAUGUUCAGCUUCCGAUGCUGAGAGUCUGGUUUACAUGCUCUACUUUUCAUCUGGUGGUGAUAUGCCUGAUCUUGAUUCAGUUGAAGGAGCACUGCAAUGGAGGGAAACCUCUUGGUCAAGAAGGCUAAUCCACCAAAAGCUUGGAGAUAUUUCUACAGUCUUGAAAGCAUUUGCAGAUUAUGUUGACAGCCUUUGUGGAACGCCCUAUGGUAUGGACUAUGACAUCUGGCUUAGAAGGUUAGAGAGACAUAUUCAUGGAAAGGAAAUUGAAACAUCAAGUUAGAAAUUUGUUUUUGUUCAGCGCUGAAGGCCUCCCUAGGACAACCUCUUAGAUUAUCUGAACAUACUGGAAGAUAAUUCUACCAGUAACCAAUUGAAUUAAUUUUUGGCACUGAACUGUGUAAUUGUUUUGCCUAUGGAUAUGGACUUGAACACUGUUCAAGAUAGCAUUCUAUAUCUGUAAAUGGAACGUAUAAUUCAUCACCUUAAUGAGACUCCAUGGUGCAAUUGAAAUUGCCAAUGAAUCUUUAUUCUUUGUUCAUUGGCAUCGCUA